AUGGCUGGAUUUCGGCAUCGCAGAGGAGGCAAGCCUGCUGGCAAGGGCCGUGGAGGGAAGAGAGGCCCCGUAACGCAGCAGCAAGACCAGUUCAAGGCUUCGCGUCUGAGAGAAACCGCAGAUGAGGAGACACAAAUUGGCGCCGAAAGCGAAGAAGACCCCUUAGAAGUUGUGGACCAGCUCGAGUCCGACCAAGAUGAAGACGUCCAGUCCGCCAGUGAAGACGAAGCCCCAUCCUCGGACUCCUAUGGCCUGUUACUGCAAUCACUUAAUGCAGCAAAGGAGACCUCUGAGCCCCCAAGGAAGAGGAGAAGGUUCACCGAGAGUGAUCGUACUGGAGGGCCCGUGAAGGGCGAAGAUACGAAAAGUCAGCAGCCCGGUCAGGACCAGACAGUGCAGGCCGAAGAACAGCUUCUCGAAUUAGAAGAGGAUGUGGAGGCGGAUGAAGAGGCCGCCCAAGCUGCAGAGGCUGACUCGGACGACGAGGAAGUACUAUUGCGAGACCCUUUUGAAUUGCACUAUGCAGCAAGAACGGAGCAAGAUCUCAAAUCUGCGGUUGGACAAGUGGAUGACAAGCAAUGGGAGACUUCCUCAUCAGUUUUGGAUCCGGAUAUACGCCGCACAGCCAUUUGCAGGAGAGGAACGCCAGCGGAGGCGGCUGAAUUGAGAUCGACAAAGGACGCCUAUCUGAAGCGCAGGCUCAUUGACGGCGGCACGAAAGUCCUCUCGAGGCUCGCCGCGGAGGAGAGGGAUGUGGCAGGGUCGAUAUUCAACUAUGCCGAUGUGCUGAAUGGCUGCCGCAACCUCCAGAAUGCGACCCGACUACGGGACUUGUCUUGCCUCCAUGCCCUGAACCACGUCUUCAAGACCAGAGAUCGAGUGUUGAAGAAUAAUGCCAAAUUGGCCGCCCAGUCCGCUGAGGCUCCAGAUCUUCGCGAUCAAGGUUUCACGAGACCGAAAGUCCUCAUCAUCGUGCCAACGAAGCAAGCAUGUGUCAGGGUGGUCGACAGCAUUACAAAGAUCAGUGAGCCGGACCAGCAAGAGAACAAAGCACGCUUCCUAGAGACGUACUCUCGUGAAGGCGAGGAUGAAUGGCACGACAAGCCCGAUGACUUUCGAGCACUAUUCGGCGGCAACCACGAAGAAGACUUCCGCAUUGGCCUGAAGUUCACCCGUAAGACGAUCAAAUUCUUCUCCGGUUUCUACAACUCGGACAUCAUCAUCGGCUCGCCUUUAGGCUUGAUGCGCACGAUCACCACAGGCGGCGGCAAGGACAAGAAGAAAACCCACGACGCGGACUUCCUCUCUUCCAUUGAGAUUGUGAUUGUGGACCACGCCAACGCCCUUCAAAUGCAGAAUUGGCAACAUGUCGAUUACGUCUUCUCUCAACUCAAUCUCCUUCCCAAGGAUUCUCAUGGCUGCGACUUCUCCCGCGUCCGCCACUGGUAUCUCGACGGCCAAGCGAAGUACCUCCGCCAGACGAUCAUCCUCGCCGACUACCUCACCCCCGAGAUAAAUGCCCUAGCCUCUACGCAUCUGCACAACAUCACCGGACGAGUGAAAUACGUUCCGACCUACCCUGGGGCCAUGCUGUCCGUCUCUUCACUCGCCCUUCCCUUCCCAUUUACACCCCCGAUCCCCCAAACCUUCCUGCGCAUCCCGUCUCCGAACCCGGUCUCCGACUCUGACGCCCGCUUCAAGUUCUUCACCACAACGAUCCUGGCCCCCUUGCUCCGCGAUUCACGCCAUCAACGAGGACUUCUCCUCUUCGUGCCCACGUAUGCGGAUUUUGCGCGUCUGCGGAACCACUUGUCGACAUCGUCCGACGCGGCGAGUCUCUCCUUUGGAAGUCUUUCGGAAUAUACCCCCGUUAAGGAGGUGCUGCGCGCACGCUCGCACUUCCUCUCCGGACGGCACGCCCUUCUGCUGUACUCGGAGCGAUCGCACCACCACUUUCGUUACAGGAUCAAAGGCGUGCGCAAGAUUCUGUGGUACGGACUGCCUGAAAACCCGCUAUUCUGGGCCGAGAUCAUCUCGCUGCUCGGGCUCGGGAGUGCUAAGGACGGUGAUGUUGGGAGGGGAAAGGGCAGUACGAAAGGCGUGAUCAGAGCGCUGUUUUCCAAGUGGGAUGCCUUGAAGCUGGAGCGCAUUGUUGGCACAGAGAGAGUGGGCAGAUUGAUCAACGAUCGUGGAGGCGAUACUUUCGAGUUCGUCUAG